CGGAAGUAGAAACGGAUUCCGAGGUUUGGAAGGCGGCCGGAGAGGAGUGAGCGCCUGUGGCUCUACUAAGUUUGUUGAUCUGAGAAGGCCCACUUCUUGUUCGAGGGGUGAUGGCAUUUGAGCAGAUACCAAAAAAGGAUUGGUACAGCAUUCUGGAGGCAGACCCAUCUGCAAGUGUGUCAGACCUGAAGCAAAAGUAUCAAAAACUCAUAUUAAUGUAUCAUCCGGAUAAACAAAGUGCAGAUGUACCAGCAGGAACAGUGGAGGAAUGUAUACAGAAGUUCAUCGAAGUUGAUCAGGCAUGGAAAAUUCUAGGGAAUGAAGAAACAAAAAAAGAGUAUGACCUGCAGCGGCAUGAAGAUGAUCUAAGAAAUAUGGGACCAGUAGAUGCUCGAGUAUAUCUUGAAGAAAUGUCUUGGAAUGAAGAUGAUCAUUCUUUUUCUCUGAGUUGUCGAUGUGGUGGAAAAUACAGUGUUUCCAAGGAUGAAGCAGAAGAAGUGACGCUGAUUUCUUGUGAUAUGUGUUCACUAGUUAUAGAACUCCUUCAUUAUCGCUGAGAUUGUUCACUAAGUGGAAUUCUUUAGUGUAUUCAGACACAUGAAGGAAAAUCUACUCCACCUUUGUCCAUUCAGGCAAAUGUAUAAAGCUGAUUAAAAAAAAAAGGAUUCUUUUUUGUCAGCUCUAUUAUUUGCAGAAAAAAUAUAAGACUGUCGAAGUCCACCUAGAUUAAUAGAAAAUUAAUUUCAUUAUUCAUAUGUAUUUACAUUUUAUAUUUACAGAUCGCUAAGAAAGGGGGCUUGAAUUAAAAAUUAUAUUUAGUGAAUUCCCAUCUGAGAAGUUUAUUAUUGGUGCAUUUUCUCCUUGGUACAAAAUAUAAGAAUUUUCCUUUCUUCAUAUAAGUGUGUCUCAUCUUUUAAUGGGUCACAGUAUCAUCAUAUUCCUUUAUAGUUGCUAAGUUUUUGAAGUAACAUAUUUCUAGCUGCUAAAGUUAUAGGCCUUUUGUACAACUAUUUCAAAUCUCAGGUCAUUAGAAUUAAGUUAGAAUCUUCGUGAAUAACAUGUGAGCCUGGCUCUCCCAUGAUGAAGGCUGGAUAUGGAUAUUCAUGAGUUAUUUCAAAGUUAGUAAAGUGAACUGGCAACCGGAGAAAGAAGGAGAGCCUUGGAGUCAGAAAACCGUGGCCACUGCGUUGCUGGUAUGGUGAAGUGGACUUUUUUAAUGUGUUAUUAUUGAUUAUAGUAAAGCUUUUAUUUUUCUAUAUAUUUAAUAUUCUAUGGACCGUAUGAGUCAGAACUCAUUUAAAAAAUUUUAAGGAAUCCUUUAUGGGAUCAUUGAAACAUUCUUCCUUAAUUUCAAAUGAGUAAGCCAAGCAUGUGACUUAGCAGCUUUUCAUUAGGUCAGACUCUUGGUUUAUUGUUGGUGUGGACUUAUAAGACUAGUUAGUACUCUGCCUUGUAAAUGUAGCUAAAGUAUGAGGCAUAUUCAAGAGGAGUAAAUUACUUUCCUUAUACCUGUACAACCAAAAAUUUGAAAGUGAGGUUGUUCCAGGUUUUCCCUAAAAAUAUUUUCGUAUCAGAAUUUAGAUGACUUAUUUUGGAUUACACUUUUAUCCAUAUAUUUUGAACAAAUAUAGCUUGCAAGAGUGUGUGUUGCUUAUUCUUUACAUUUAACAAUUAAAAAUAACUCAAACUGAAUAGCAAAUAGUUUAUUAGUAAGUACAUGGUUUCAGUGACAAUAAAUUCACUUUAGCAGAAGACAAUAAUCAAAUCAAAAGAAUAAAUGCUUGCUAAUCAUCAGAGAAUCUGUGGCCAUUAGGGCUGUCACGUAGAAAUCCAAAAUCACUCAGAGGCCAAAUCUGUAAAAUCAAAAUGUGACUGAAGACAAUUAGUAAAGUGAUAUUAUAGCAUCAUCACAUUCCCUUCUUUUUUUCAUUCAUCCCUUUCUCUAUGCCGUAUAAUUAAAUGCUUUCUCCUUAUUCAAUCAAGAACAAAUUUUCUACUUCAAAAUAAGACUGUAGAAAGAAACCUGUAUGUGUAUGUAUUUAACCUCUAAAGUUUGGAACAUUCAAACAUUAUACUAGAAAAUAAUACGUGUGUAGUGUGUAUAUGUUUGUUUUUUCUUUCACUAUCGUCAGAGUUAACUGUAAACCUACGUACUUGAAUAUAACAUCUGCUUAAGUGUAAAAAAUCCUGUAAAUUAUCCAACAGCCCCAAAUACUCAUGUCUGUUUUUCUCCUGACUGCUUGUGGCAAAAAGGAAAAGCCAGUGAAAACAAUAAUCUUUACUAUUACAUUUACUACAACCAUGAUAAGGGCAUUACUCACUAUACUUAACUGGGAUAUCCCUGCAUUCCAGCUAGUUGCUAGAUUGCUCUUCUGCAAAUGCAUAUAUAUUAACAUACGCCCUGGGUAUGAAUAUGGUUGGAAAAGUUGUAUGAGAGAAAAGUAAAUUUUUGGAGAGUCAAAUUAAAAGCUUCUUAUGCUACAACUAAUCUGAACUUUAUUUUUCAAACAAAAAUUAUUCUCAAUUACCUGUCAUAAUGGGGGAGUGGUAAUGUUUAUAGCUAUGAAGGCCAACAUGUUCAUAAAGUGUAGUAGUCAUUGCAACAGUUUUAUAUCCACUGACAGCCUAAAGAUUUCAGUUCUUCUGAAAGGAACUUUUUUUUUUUUGGUUUUGUUUUUUUUCCCAGCUCAGAGAAGAAAGCCUGCAUUUUAAGCAGAAAACAGUAGUACCUUAAAGAAGAUACGUCCUCUUAUUAGUCCAUAUGGAACAGGUCCAUAGUACCUGGAAUCUGUAGAAUUCUGUAGAUUAUCACCUUCUAACCACACAUGACCUGUUGGCACCUAGAAUUAUAGAAGAAAGCAGCCCCUUUAAAAAAGAAAAACAAAUCUGGGUACUAUAAAUAAAAAAUCAUGUCUUUUGGAGGUAGGGAGAAAUGUCCUAAAGUUCUCUUUUACAAAAUACAUUCAAACCCUAUAAUUUGCAUUUUUGCUGUUAUUUCUUGCAUAAUAAAAUAACUUUUACUAAAUAUUAAUAAGUAGUAUUAAUAUUUCAACUUUUAAAAAGACCUAUCUUUUUUGCCAUAUGGUUCCCAAACAUUAAUUUGUUAUGCAAACCCCAAACUGAGGUUAUAAGAGAUCAAAACAGUGUGACAGGGUCAUUAAUUUAAUAGACUUCAAAAGAGGUCAUUAGGAUGCUGACUGAAAAUGUGCCCUCCUGUCUCAAUAACAGCAUAAGCAGGGCAGCCACUCACUCAGCAACAUCCUGGGGCCAAUACCAAGGCCAGACCUAUUAGAAUGCUCAUGAUGAACUAAAUGGUAAUUGAUUGUGACAUCAAUUACAAAUAAUCUCAUCAUUUUAUUGGAGUGGGCUUGUCAGAAUUCUAAUUAAGAUCCUUGUUCUGCCUUUGUACAGGCCAUAUCUUCAAUGCAUUAUACUUCAAUAAUGACCAUCAAGAACUAGAAGGACCUAUUAUAAAAUCAUCAGUUGUAAAAUUAAUGAUGGUGACCUUCUACUAAAUGAAAAGAUCCCAUCUUCUAUAUGUCUUGUUAUUAACUGGGAUAUAACAUAAAUUUAAAUUUUUACUCAGUGACAAUCCUAAGUAUAUUUAGGACAGAACACAUUACUUACAAAAAUGCCCACUGUGAUAUGAGAUAUUUGCCCGUUAAUGUCUCUUCAAUAUAAACUUUAAAAAUUACUCUUCAGUAACAAUCUUCAAAAUUGCAUUUUAAAGUUUCUUUUUUAUAGGUUUUGUUACCCAAGAAAGUUGAAUUAUUGACCAGACCAAAAUGAUCUAUGGAAAGGAAUUAAUUUUCACUAUUCUUUUGACUGAUUAUUACUUGGGAACCUUAUGUGAAGAAAAAUAUUCAUAUUAGGUUUAAUAAGAAAUGACCAGUUUUUUAAAAUGUCACAAAAUUUUUAAAAAUGACUUUUAGAGCAGUUUUAGGUUCACAGCACAGCUGAGAGGAAGGUACAGAGAUCUCCCAUAUACCUCCUGCCCCCACUCAUGCACGGCCUCCCCAUUACAUCCCCACUAGAGUGGCAUGUCUGGUACACUGACAUCAUCAUCACCCGAAGUCCCAUGGUUUACCUUAGGGUUCACUCUUGGUGUUGUACAUUCUAUGAAUUUGGACAAAUGUAUGACAUGUAUCCACAUCACAGUACCAUACACAGUAUUUUCACUGCCCCCCAAAUCCUCUGUGAUCUGCCUAUUCAUUCUCCCCCCCAUCACCCCUGAAUUACCUUUUGGAAAAAUAAAUUUAUACAAGCAUGUAAAAUUUGAAUUACAAUUUAGAGAUUAUAUAAUUUUGGAAUGUCUUAUAUCAUGUAGAAAUAUUAGCCAAAAAUGAAUCAAGUUACUUAUUUUCAUUUAGAUACACUUAAAUGUUAAAUCUAUUUGUAGAGUAAGGAUAAAGUUUUUUGAAAGAAUAUCAGAUAUUGUAAGAUCAUUAACUUCUACUAGUGGAACUAGUUGUAGGUUCUAGGGCUAAUAGCAAGGUUCAUUCCUACCUAUAUAAUAAGUAGAUUUAUAUGUAGUGAAGCAUAAGGCUGCUCAAAUAGAAGAAUGAGUACAUCUCAGGUUACAGAUGAAAAGAAGAACAAAAUAGUGUAUUUGGAAAAGGUAAAAUAAGUCAUUAAAUAUAUUCUGAAGUACUGCCUUGGGAGAAACUACAAUGUGAACAUCUUGGGUGUCUAAAUUUCCAUAGUUUUUCCUUAAUAUGUGUUUGUUCCUGAGUUCUAAAAAUAGGUAACAUAUACGAAUACUUAAAUACAAUUAUAAAGUUAGGGACACCAAUAAAAGCAAAGGAGAACAAAAAUCAAAAAACGAAUAAAGAUACUAACGAUCCAGCAAGAUCUUUUUUUGCCUGUCCGAUUGAUCCAAUAUACAUUUCCUUUCUCCAUGAAGCUUUUCCCUAUGUUGCCUGCACAUACCAAAUACUCUAGAUUGUUUAAAACACUUUAAGUCUGCCCUACAUGGGGCUCUGGAACAUAACAUCCUCUUACAUGCUUGGCUUUUGUGUAUGUCUACUAUUUUAUGACUGAAAAAGCCAACAGACAAUAAUCAUGUCAUGAUCUUAAAUCUUUACAACACCUAAACUGAUGUUGGAACGCAAAUAUUUGUUGGUGAUUAGUAUUAGUUAAGUAGAAAUUCUUGUAAAGCACAAUCACUUUUGUGGCAGUUAUGACCUAAGUUUCUUCCAAGUUUAGAUAAACACAGUGAUGAAGUAUUAUCUCUGGUAUAGUAAAGUUAACAAGAACAGAAAGGAAUCUGCUAAGAGAGACCCAGAACAUACCACCAGAAACCUUUGGAGGAGUGUGACCCAGGCUGUUCACACCUAGUCCUUGACUACAAGGGGUGGAACAAAAGGGAGGAAUAGUAACACAAACUAGUGUUUAUACAUACUUUUCUGGUCAUUUUAAACACACACACACAUUUGAUCCUUAAAACAACCUGUGAAGUACAGUUACUGACAUUUAACAGAAGUAGGUUCAAAUAUGGAACAUGCUACCUCUUACUUACCUGAAGCCCAUAUAUGCUAAUACCCAUGCAUCCAUUCAUAGCAAAGGAAUAACCUUUACAUCUUAAGACUUCAAUGUUUGAUAUAAAGUACAGACACAAGGAAACAACCUCAUCACUGAUGGUACCUUUAAUAAGAGCUUCUCUAUAAAUGGGAAAACCUCUGAGUUUGAGUCUUAAAAUCAAAGCAGUCACCUUUGCUGAUCUACCCCUCUGUCACAUAUUUUCCCAGUAAAAAAUUCAUUAUGUUUGCAGUUACUCCACUUUUGAAACACAUACUUAUUUUUGAUAUGGGGUAAGGGUGUACACUUUAAAAUCAAUUUUAGAGGUAUACUUUACAGUAAAAUGUGCUCAUUUUGUUUCGACACUAGUUUUGAAAAAUGUGCAUUCCUGUGUAACCACCAACCACAAUCAAGAUGUAGAACAUUACUACUAUGCCCAAAAGUUCCCUCCUUUUCCAGUCCACCUCCCACCCCUACACCUCGUCCCAGGCAACUAGUGAUGUUUCCUGUUUACUAGAGACUAGUUUUACUAAAGUUCAUAUAAGUGAGAUUGCACACUACAUAGUAUUUUGUGUCAGGCUUUUGUUCAGCAGUUUUUAAACGAUUAAUACAUGUUGUAUGUAUCAGUCAUUCAUUGCUCUUUACUGCUGAGUAUAUCCCAUUGUAAAUCACAAUUUCUUUCCAUGAACCUGUUGAUGGAUGUUUGUGUUGUCUGCAAUUUUGGGCUGUUACAAAUAAAGCACUAUGAACGUUCAUGUAUAAGUCUGUUUCUUUUCAGUAAAUAUGUAGGGGUAGAAUUUCUGGGUCAUAAGUGUACGCUUAAUCUUAAACUUUUCCAAAGUAAUUAUACCAUUUUACACUCCCAACAGCAAUGUAUGAGUGUUUCUGUUGCUUCACA